GCAUCUCUUGCUAUACUCAGAAAUUUCUCAUCAAUAGGGUGGGCAUACACCAUGUACCAUACCAUAACAUAUACUAGAUAGAACUGUGAUCACAGAGCUUAUUUGUUCUUGUAAAAUUACUAAGGUUGUUGAUUUUUCUAACCACCUAUAAAACCUCAGUCCCUACCCCAAAUUGCUUGAACCUGUUGUUUUUAUGGAAACGCAGUAAAUUCUUAAAUGUUUAAGAAGGUGCUCUGGAUGUCUCAAUGGGCCUGCUCAGCUGCCCUUUGGUCUGCAGCUGCAAGCUAGUUAGCUUAUGACACUGGAGAGGUGCUGUUUGGCUCCUGCAGCAAAAAAUGGUUGUUUGUAAUAGUCACAUAGGAUCCUUUUCUGUGUAGCUGAUUAAGGGAUUAAAAGUUACUUUUACUUUUCUAGUCUAGAAUAAAAUCAAUGUCGAUCUUUAAUAUCUUACAACUAUAAUGCACCAGUUUCGACAGCAUGGUUUUUAAAGCGGUAAGGCGCUCCAAGGCGUUGGACCAACGCCUAGGCGCCUAGGCGACGCCUAGGCGAGGUAGGCGGGCAAGGCGCCUAGGCGUCAGACCACCGCCCGGACGCCUAGGCGUCGCCUAGGCGACGCCUUAAAAACAGUGUUCGACAGUCGUCACGCGAGAAGUGCGUAGGUCUAUUCCCCUCCCUUACCAGUGGACCGUUAUCCCAUAGAUAGGCAGUGAAAACCACCCAAGCCCCUACCCCACAGAUGGGCCCUGAGGAACCACCCAAGCCUAACACGACAGGAAGCUACACGUAGCGCAACGCUCUCACAUAGUAUCACCUCGCUAGCUGAAGGAGGAUGAGCGACGGAGCGACUAAGCGAGCUAUAAAAAGGCGUGUCGGACUCCUUUUCAACUCAUACCUUUCUAGCCCUUUUGACUAAUAUAAAAUGUAAUAUUUGUUCUUGUGUGUUGUUACAACGUACGGACAUUGUACUAGUCUACCAUGAUUUUAAUGAUUGCAAUUGCAUAAUAGAUUAAGGUUAAGCUUCUGUGGUAUGAUUCAUGGACUAUGAAUGUAUUAUUAUAAUUUUGAUCCAAUCACAUGCUAAUGUUUGCGUGAUAGAGAAGAGGGAGACAUCAGGGCAUCAAAGUUGACCUGCAAUGACUGCCAUGAUUACAAUGACUGCAAUUGCAUAAUGGAUUAACAAUUAAGCUUCUGUGCUAUGACUCAUGGACUAUUUCCAUGCAUGUAGCUGAACAAAAAAUGGAAAAGGAACUAAAAGAACGCGAUGACAAAUAUCUUGAGCUGGAAACCAAGCUUCAGAGGCUUCUCAAGCGUGCAAAACAACGUAUACAAGAUAUACAAAAGGAAAAAGUUGAUCUGGAAGCUCGGUUUAAUGAAGUUAAUCAGAAGGCUGAGCAGGCUGCUUCUCUGCAAUUAGCAGCACAGCAGGAACUGGAACGUGCUCGUCAGCAGGCUAGUGAGGGCUUAAGAUCAAUGGAUGCUGAAAGACAGCAGUUGCGGACAGUGAACAGCAAGUUGAGGGCUAACCUCGAUGAGACACGGCUUGCCUUGGAGGUCAGAAACAGUUCUCUUGAGAAACUGCAACAAUCAGUGCUUGAGAAAGAGCAGUUGCUAGAUAAAGUCCAAGGAUCCCUUCAAUCUGCUGAAAAUAAGGGGAUGGCAAUAAUUUCAGAGCUCACUGCUAAGCAUCAGAAGCAAAUAGAAAGCUUGCAGGCGCAGCUAGCUGAAGUUUCUGCAGAAAGGACGAAGGCAUCUGAAACCAUACAAUCUCUACAGGUGGUAUUAACGGAGAAAGACUCAGAAAUAGCUGAAAUUGAAGCAGCAUCAACAGGUGAAGCUGCCCGGCUUAGAGCUGCUCUGGAGGAGAUGAAAGGGGAGCUUGUUCAUCUAAAGGAUGAACAUGAAAAAGAAAGGCAAAGCUGGGAGUCUACUUGUGAAUCUCUUAGGUCAAAGCUGGAAGCAUCAGAAAAUGCAUGCCUUAGAUCUGAAAAAGAAUCCGCCGAAGUUAAAAGUCAACUGGAAUUAGAGUUGUCAACACGAAGUCAAUUGUUACAAACCAAAGAUUCUGAUCUAAUGGCUGCAAAACAUGAGAUUAGUCGACUGGAAAGUGAAUUUUCUGCAUACAAGGUCCGGGCACAUGCACUUCUGCAAAAAAAGGAUGCUGAGCUUACCGCAGCUAAAAGUUCAGAUUUCAUUAAAGAACAUGAAGAGGCCAUAAGGGAAGCUGAAAAGGAGGUGGCAGCUGCUUUAGCAGAAAGAGAUAAAGCAAUAGAUGAUCUCCAAAAGGCAGAAUCCAGACAUGGUGAUGAGAUUGAGGCAAGAGAUAUGGCUCUUGCUGAUGCUGAGAAAAAGCUAAAGGAUGUAAUGAAGAAGUUAGAUUCUGUUACUUCUAAUUUCAUCUCAGAAAAAGGGUCCUGGGAGAAAAAUUUGAUGAAUGUAGAGGAAAGCUGGAGAUUGAAAUGUGAGUCUUUGAAGGUUCAGAGCAAUGACCAUGUCGAUGAUGAACUAAAAAAGAAUUUAGGAGAGCUGACACUAAAAUAUGAGAAACUGAAGGAAGAGCAUCAAUCAUUCCGUGAUAUUGCUGAUAGAAUGAUUGAAGACAAGGAACGAGAGAUAACUAAACUCCUCAAGGAAAACAGGGACCUUCACCAGUCUUUAGAUGCUAGACCAACAGUUAGCAACAAUGAUCAUCAAAGUCAAGGACCUGUUAAGGAUACAAUGAGUGUUGAAUUGGCUGAGCAACAAAUUUUGCUUCUCGCAAGGCAACAAGCACAACGAGAAGAGGAAUUGGCUCAGUCACAGAGGCAUAUCUUAGCACUUCAACAAGAAAUUGAAGAGCUCGAGCGUGAAAAUCGUCUCCAUGAUCAACAGGAAGCAAUGUUGAAAACCGAGCUUCGCAAUAUGGAGAGAUCACAAAAGCGAGAAGGAAUAGAUAUGACAUAUCUCAAAAAUGUGAUUCUAAAACUUCUUGAAACAGGGGAAGUGGGAGCGUUGUUGCCUGUGGUUGGGACGUUACUACAGUUUAGUCCUGACGAGCUCAAGAAGUGCCAGCAAGGUGUCCUUUCGAGUGUGGUCUCUUCACAAGCUACUGCAGUGUCAGAUGGCACAACCACACAGAAUUCGUUCUUUGCAAGAUUCUCGUUCUGAGGCAUUGCCCUCGAAGAUCAGCAGUUUAGCUGGGGGAGAGGAUGUCCUGAGCCUUCAGAUUCACAGUUUUGUUGACCGUAGAAAACGUUUAUUCAUUUAUUAGUUACAAGCGUCCUUACCCCACCCCCCCCCCCCCCCCCCUCUCCUUUUGUAAAAGUAGUGCAUAUAGCAGGAUUAAGAUAAACACAUGUAAUGGAGUAUAUAUUGUGCAACUGCCAUAUAUUAUAUGAUAUAUAGCGGCUCAUAUUAGGUUGCCGAA